UUCCCCUCUCUGGUCACAUCUCUGCUCCGUCGCCUAGGUCCUCCCUAACGUUCUUUUGUAUCCGCCGGAAUAAUGGCCUCCAUUGCGGACGUCCCAGCUUAUAUGUUACCUGGAGCAUCCAUCUUACAGCCCGCCCACUUAGAGGGUCUGUCUGAUCCGGCCCUUUCAACUGAAAUACUUCCAGGGCCACCUAGUCUGUUGUCUGUACAACAAGCUUCCACCAGACGUGACCCCAAAAAGCCUGGUGCUUUCUUGUCCUAUCUCCCGACAUCUGAUCCAGGCACUACCUACUCUGGCUUAAUGGUGGCUGGUCCCUCCACGACCUCGGCUUCAGACGUGGACGGUCCUCGGCGGAAGCGUGCCAGGUUGAACAAAGGAACUGCUGCUAGUCGUGCACAACGUGCCUCCGCGCGGAAUCUCAACAGCUCGCUGGCUCCACCAGAGCCAGCGGUCCUAGACGACGGCGUUCCUCAGCUCAGCCUCGCUCCUGACUCAGAUUUUGACCCUCUCAGCAUUCCAUUCGACUCUGACCUAGCGACUGCCUCUCGGGCAAACUCGGCUCCCGCGUCUGAAGAACCAACGAUGUCAGCGUCAGUCGUCGCCAACGGCAGGGCCAAAACAUCUCGGAGAGACAAGGGCAAGGGCAAGGAGGUUGAAAAAGGUGCCCAGCUCAAGGUCAAAGAGGAGCCCACAGGCACGACCUCACUUUCACCAGAUCCUUCCGUAGGGCAGGUCAACGAAGACCACUGCUCUGCUUGUCGCUCCCUUGGAUCUUUGGUAUAUUGUGACGGGUGCCCUCGGGCCUUCCAUCUGUGGUGCUUAGAUCCUCCCAUGGAAGCGGGGGAAUACCCGGAUGGCGAGCGAUGGUUUUGCCCGGGGUGCACGAAUCGCAAGCAUCCACCAUCAAAGCCUCCCCCAUCCUUCAUGUCGCCUCUUAUCCAUCAAGUGCAAAAUAGUCUCCCAAGGGAGUAUCAGCUCCCGGACGAUAUCCGAAGCUUCUUCAAAGACGUGACAACGGGGUCUAAAGGCGCAUAUGUAGACUCUUCUGAGGUGAAGCAACUCCGAACGAAUCGCCUUGGUCAGAUAGAAGACCGUGAUCCACAUAGACUGAAGGAUCGAAACGGCAUGCCAGCUCUCUGCUUCCACUGUGGGUCUUCUGCUUUACCUCCAAGCAACAUAGGUACGGGACCACCUGUUCCCAAGCGCCCGAAAAGAUCUACUUCCCGGGCCCACUCAUCUGAAGUCUGGAGAAGCAUCAUCUCGUGUGAUUAUUGUAGUCUGCACUGGCACCUCGACUGUUUGGAUCCUCCGUUGACUUCUUUGCCUCCGCUUGGAAAAAAGUGGAUGUGUCCUAACCAUGCCGAUCAAGUCCUGCAGCCCAAGCGGCGGAUUCCCAAAUCAGCUGUUGCACCUCUGGACAUAACACAACCCAACCAAGUCAACAAUGGGAACAUUGAAGUCGUUCCGGAUCACAGCGAGCCUCCGCCUGACAAGCCGACGCUCGACGAGAUUUUGAUAAACGGUCGGCGGUAUCGGGUACCAGAGAAGGUCAUUUUGCUCGAUUUCUGGAACAAAAUCAGCCAGGUCCGACACCCAGAGCGAAGAAUGGAGCCCGCAGAAUCUGUGAUGUCGUCGCCCCUAACUUCGCUGAGCUCAUUAGACGACGAACUCCCUCAGCCGUCAGAAAGUCUAACUCCAGACGAGCUGGAUGUUGCUCAGAUGUUAUGUAGCUUGACAAAGCCGCGCAGGAAGGCUGUGCCUGACCGUCAAGCUACCGCUUCAACAUCUAGGGUCUUGGUAGAUACUGGCAUCCAGACAGAGGCUGAGCUCAGUCAUCAUCAUGCGUUGCGUUCACGCGGAACCAAGCGUAAAAUCGGGUCGUUCUCCAGCAAUGCGCUCGAACAAGCUUCCAUCGAUGAAUCUACUCCCACGGCGCGUCAUCGACAGUCCACGAGAACGAAGAAAGCAAAAGUUAAUGUAAAACAAGAACCAGAGGAGCAGGUCUUGGCCGCUGACAAGUCCGUGGAGCAUAACGGUAAUCAGUCAACUCAGCCUGCCCGUCAGCGCCGAAAGGUGAAACCCACCGAGAAGAUGAAAGAUUACGCUGCCUCUGGCCUUGCUAAUGGCCUUGACGAUGAUAUCACUGCUCUUGCUACCUCCAUCAAUGUCGCUGGUCCUUCAACAUCCACAGUAGUAGCACCCGUAUCAACUAAAGCCACUGUUGCUUCUCCCGCCACACCCAAGCCGACGGCUUCAGUCUCUCAGGCGGGCCCCUCGGCUACUCCCGUAUUGAAGAUUCGUUUACCUCGACUUGGUGCAAUAACCCAGUCUUCUUCCAAUCAAUCCAAUCAGUCGAUACCAGCCCCUCCCUCAACGGGCCAAUCGGCCACUCCAGCAACAACUGAGGGCCGUCCCCGGCGGUCUACUCGUCGACAAGACUCGCUCCCUUUAUCACUUGGCGCUAUCUCGGGCUUGACCUCGGACACAGGUGACGAUGCCUAUCUUCCUAAAAUGUCCAAGACAAGUUUUAUUCAGAUCACCAUGGUGCAUAGCUUGGCCUUGGUCUAUCCCAAGCAUCCUACUGCAUUGCGCGGUGUUGACCAUGUAGACCUCCCAGGUUAUGACUUGUGGUUACAUAUGCUUGACCAUGUCCAUGUCAUUGAAGGGCAACUAGAUGAAGCUCAAUUUCGGGAAGCUGUCUCCUCGUGUUUACAGGUAUACCCGCAUGCCGCUGGGCGGUUGAGAGAAGAACAAGGCCGUUGGACGAUCGAGCUUACGAAUUCUGGCGUUCCUGUUGACUUCUAUGAUCAGAAGCAUCUGGCUCAUGUCCCCGAUUCGAUUAUAAGAGGAACACGGGUCGUUCAGGAUGACAUGUCCUCGUUACUAAGCGCACCUUCAGGACAGGCAGAAGUUAACAAUGAUGUACCUCUUGUGCGUUUCAAGGUAACAUCAUAUGGCAAGGAAACUUGUAUCGGGAUUUCUUGGCACCAUACCCUAGGUGAUAUUGCAAAGCUGGAUAGUGGAACGGCGAAUGCUAACAUGAUUCUUCCAGGCGACCUACUGGUUUUUUAUCGCUUCACUCGUGCGCUCUCACAGCUAUAUCAGCAGCUUCUGCCCGAUGACCCUGCUCCAAAGUUUGAUAAACAUCACUUUGUGAAACCCUCUGCGGAACAUAUAGAGAAGUACCGUUCACUAGUGCCUCAACUGCAUGCUGUACUUCCCAUACCAGAGGUGUUUGCGAGAUACAUGGCAGCCCUACAGUCAAUGGAAAGACUGGAAUGGCGUUUUGGGAGGCAGGAUCUGCUGAAGCUUCAGUUGGCCAUUAAAGCUAAAGGAGGAGAGCCAGCGGCCAAGGCAUCUACUCAAGACUGCUUGAACGCAUACAUGAUCUCAUUAGUCAACCGAUGCUCAAAAACGCAGCUACACCGAUUUACCAGCGCCGCGAACUAUCGUCAUUUCAAGGUGCCGUUUGCUGACCCCGACGUAGCUGGAAAUCCUAUCCAAAAUGUGGUGACAGACAACCUCCCUUCUACUGUGGUAGACGUGACAAUUGCCCUCCGGGAGUCUCUUGAGAGAAGUCGCGACGCCGAAUAUCUGGCAGAAUAUAUGAGUGUCGUCAGUGAACUAAUGUAUGAUGCAGCCACGGCUGGACUGUCGAUCUUCUUCGCUCCGCACGAAGGCGUAAUGACUUCCAACUCCACUGCAGCAAUUGACUGGCAAACCGCGCAUUUUGGAUUUCCGGAUGGUUCGAGGAUGUACACUGUAGGUUGGAUGACGAUGUACCUGCGGACGAGCAAAUCGAACCCUGAGCUUCAGAGUGAUGGGUCAUGGAAGCCAGCAGAUGGAGCGGUGGACGUUUGGCUUGGUGUACAUGAGAAGCUGAAGCCUGUUAUGCUGGAGAUGAUUCGAAACGACCUGAAUCAUCCUGAUUAUCCUUACAAUCUGCCUUUGUGAGGGAGAUGCUUGAGCUAUUCAUCUCUGUACCGAGAUCUUGCUUCAUGCUGACUAUCUAUCAUUCUAUUUAGUAUCAAUUGAUGUGGAGUAAGGAAUAAAUGCUACAUAGUGAGGCUGGG